AUGGCGGCCAGCUUCCGCGGCCGUCCGAUCCGGAGUCUUCGGAUGCGAGGUCGGAAUGACAGCGGGGAAGAAAACGUACCGCUGGAUCUGACCAGAGAACCAUCUGAAAACUUUCGCGAGAUUGUACAAAAUGUGGCCAAACCACAUGGAGUUAGUAAUAUGCGUAAACUGGGCCACCUGAACAACUUCAUAAAGCUGCUAUGCAGUGUUGGCCACCAAGAGGAAAAGUUUGGAUUUACAUAUGAAGAAAUCAUUGUUUGUUUACGCCUUGCCCUGCUAAAUGAGGCUAAAGAGGUCCGAGCUGCAGGACUGCGGGCCCUACGGUACCUAAUUAAAGACACCAACGUCUUGCAUAAGGUCCUUAGACUACAGGUGGACUACUUAAUAUCCAGAUGCAUUGACAUUCAGCAGAGCAAUGAAGGAGAAAGGACUCAGGCUUUGAGACUUGUUCGUAAGAUCAUCACCGUCAAUGCAAUGCUAUUUCCCACCUCCAUUGCCAACUCUCUUAUCGCUGUGGGCACUGAUGGCCUACAAGAACGAGACCGCAUGGUUCGUGCAGCCAUUGCCAUUGUGUGUGAACUAGCUCUGAAAAACCCAGAAGUGGUGGCCAAACGAGGUGGUCUGAGCACCAUCUUGAAGAACGUUAUUGACUGUCAACUAAGCCGCAUCAAUGAAGCUCUGAUCACCACCAUCCUUCAUCUGCUCAACCACCCGCACACUCGGCCCUUUGUGAGGGUGGAUGUUGAGUUUGAGCAAAUCCUUGCACCGUUCACUGAUUUUCACUACCGCCAUAACGCUGACACCGCUGAGGGACAGCUCAAGGAGGAUAGAGAGUCACGUUUUUUGUCAAGUCGGAUGGCAAUUGUAGCUUCCUUUCGCUCGUGGUCUGGGAUCAUCAACUUAUGCAAGGCUGGAAAUUCUGGUAUCCAAUCAUUAAUUGGCUUACUCUGCAUACCAAAUAUGGAAGUUCGAAAAGGGCUGCUGGAGGUGUUAUAUGAGAUCUUUAGGCUCCCGGUUCCCAUUGUAACGCAAGACUUCACAGAAGGUCUUUUAAGUGUUGACCCAUCCAGGUUCCAGGACAUAUGGAGACUCUCCGAUGGCUUUGUAGCUGCAGAGGCUAAAGUCAUUCUGCCACAUCGAGCACGUUCCAGGCCUGAUCUUAUGGACAACUAUUUGGCUUUUGUUCUGUCAGCUUUCAUCACAAAUGGCCUAUUAGAGGGUAUUGUUGAAGUUGUGACCAGCAGCGAUGACCAGUUAUCUGUGAGGGCAACGAUACUAUUGGGAGAACUUCUGCACAUGGCGAAUACCAUCCUUCCCCAUUCUCACAGUCACCACUUGCACUGCCUGCCCACACUCAUUAACUUGGCUGCCUCGUUCGACAUCUCCCAAGAGAAGCGACUUCAAGCAAGUGCUGCCGUCAAUAACUUAAAGCGUUUCCACGAAAAGAAGAAGAAAGGCCUGAAACCCUACAGUCUGUAUUUGGACCACAUCAUCCGUAAAUCCGUGUCCUCUAAUAACCGCAGAGACACCCAUUCACGAGCUCAACGAGACAUUUAUGUUAUCAAGGACACGGAAGAAGCACUUAUGUUGAAUUUGAGAGACAGUCACAUUCUCAACCACAAGCAGAAUCUGGAGUGGAACUGGCUGCUCAUAGCCACAAUUCUUAAGUGGCCACACGUGAACCUCAGGAACAAUAAAGACGAACAAAUGCACAGGUUCGUGCGAAGGCUGCUGUUUUUCUACAAACCCAGUAGUAAGUUGUAUGCAGGCCUGGCGCUGGAUCACCUGAAGGCCAGGCAACUCACAGUGGUCGGCUGUCAGUUUAUCGAGUUCCUCAUGGACUCUGAUGAGGAAGGGCUGGGUUACCUGGAGGACCUGGUCAGGGACAUGGUGCUGUGGCUUUCCUCGUCUUCCGGCCUGAAGCCUGAGCGCUCGCUUCAGAGUAACGGGCUGCUCACCACACUCAGUCAGCACUACUUCCUGUUCCUCGGGACGCUGUCGGCUCAUCCACACGGUGUCAAACUGCUGGAGAAGUGUGGCCUGUUUCAGUGCCUGCUGAAUAUGUGUUCGGUAAAGAACCAGGAUGCUGUGUUAAAACUUGCUGUGACCACUCUGGACUACAGUAGAGACGGUCUCGCCAGAGUGAUCCUGUCCAAGAUUCUCACUGCUGCUACGGAUACAUGCCGGCUGUAUGCCACCAAACACCUGCGGGUGCUACUGAGGGCAGGUGUGGACUUCUUCAGCAGCUGGGGCAUGGAGCUGCUGGUCACUCAGCUCCAUGAUCACAGUAAAGGUGUCUCUAUGGAGGCGCUGGACAUCCUGGACGAAGCCUGCGAGGACAAGGCUAAUCUCCAUGCUCUCAUUCAGCUAAAACCAGCACUGUCACAUUUAGGAGACAAAGGCCUCCUGUUGCUCCUCAGGUUCCUUUCCAUACCUAAAGGAUUCUCUUAUCUCAAUGAGAGGGGCUAUGUCAGCAAACAGCUAGAUAAAUGGCAAAAGGAAUACAACCUUAAGUAUGUGGAUUUGAUAGAAGAGCAACUAAAUGAAGCACUAACGACUUACCGCAAACCUGUUGAUGGCGACAACUAUGUCAGACGCAGCAACCAAAGGUUACAAAGACCAAAUGUUUUUCUACCUGUGCACUUGUACGGCCAGCUUGUCCAUGAUAAGACAGGCUGUCACCUUUUGGAGGCUCAGAGCAUAGUUCCUGACCUCAGCUACACAGUCCGCUCCCCGAUGCUGGACACCUGGGAAGGAAUUAAGCAGCUGAAGGCAGCGCUAUGGGCUCUGGGCAACAUUGGCUCAUCAAAUUGGGGCCUAAAUCUUCUGCAGGAGGAGAAUGUCAUUCCGGAUAUUCUUGCUUUGGCUCAACACUGUGAAGUAUUGUCUGUGAGAGGCACCUGCAUCUAUGUAUUGGGUGUCAUUUCUAAGACCAGGCAGGGCUGUGAGGUGCUCAAACAGUUUGGCUGGGAUUCAGUGAGACACAGUCGCCGGACGCUGUGGCCUGUGACUCCAGAGGAGGUGGACACACAGCUGACAUCUGAACUGUCAUCGGUACCGAGCACACUCAGUCUGAACUCAGAGUCCACGAGUUCACGGCACAACAGUGAGAGUGAAUCUCAUCCCAAUAUGUACAUCUUAGAUGAUGACAAGUGUGAUAUUUUUGACCAGUCUGAUGAGAGCUGUUACAUCUCGCACUCCAAACCAGUGAAAGACCGCAGUCCCUUCACCAUUCUUGCAUCCUCACGUUCUGUCCGAAUGCGCUUCCUGAACUCUCUGUCACUUCCCAGUAAGAAAAUGCGCUCUGUCAGUGACCCUAAAACCCCCUCAGAAUCCCGCUCGCAGACAGAGCUCAAGAGCAUGAGAAGAAACCGGACUGUUACUGAGCCGUCUGUGUACAGCCCUAAUCAGAGUGAAGUCUUCACCCCAGUGUUUAACGGCAGAGGGAUUCCAAAGAGCCCCACUGUGAGUCUGGAGACCUCAUUUGUCGGGACUCGAGGCGGCUCUGAGGAGCAGCUGAUGGACAGUCGGUUAGUGAGGAGUGGGGUCUCAAGUUUGGGCCUGAGUGGUCUUGCACAUGGAGCUCCGGAGCAGUCAAUGCGGGAGCGCGAACAGACCAGUCGAGAGCGUUUGGCGGGGGAUGGCAGCUCCUCUACGGGGGGUAAUGUGGGCGGAGGUGGUACUCAGUUUAAGAGCCGCAGUCAGAGCUUUAACACGGACACUACGACUAGCGGCAUCAGCUCCAUGAGCUCCAGCCCCUCCAGAGAAACUGUGGGAAACUCUGAACAUCCCGAACAUGAGCCAGACUCCUCAGAUUGUGUUAGCCUCAAUACUGUUGUCUCCGCCAAAACCGUCAAAACUCUCUCCGCCCUCACACCUCAAGCACAGACCAACCACAUGACCACUUCUAAGUCCUCCACUGUGUCUCUGGUACCACCCGGCUCCUCUCACACUCUCCCACGCCGUGCUCAGUCUCUCAAAUCCCCUUCAGUCACCACCAUCAAGAGUCUGGCCGACUGCAGUUUCAUGUACACCAGUCCUAGAGAUGCUUUGGGCUACGCUACACUGAGGAGGCUGCAGCAGCAGCGGAUACACCCCUCUCUGUCUCAUAGUGAAGCUCUGGCUUCUCCCGCCAAAGACGUCCUGUUCACAGACACCAUCACAAUGAAGACCGGCAGCCUGGACUCUAGACUCACACCUCGCAGUCUCUCUCCCCGGAUCCUCUCACGUUCCUCUCCUCUUGGACUGCCUAGGUUUUUGAAAGCUCUGAGCUUUGCUUCUCUGGAUAAAGAGGAACUUCUCAGCCCCAUCAACCAAAGCACUUUGCAUCGCUGCUCGUCUGUGCGCUCCAUGGUGUCCAGUGCCACUUUUGGAUGUAAUGAUGAUUACGUCGGCCUGGCUUUACCCAUGGACAUACGUGACAUGUUUCACAUCCGUGACUCGUCAUACUUUCAGCAGAGAAUCAGUCCGCCAUCCGAAGAGAGAAAACGCUUCCUCUUUGGUGAUGGUGAAGGAGGUGAACGCACAAUCCCCCUACUAAAGCAGCAGUUUAGCAUUUCUGAGCUCAUGGCGAGUCGAGGGGAAAACCAUAACCACAUGUUUGAUUCGGAGGAGACUGGACUACAGGAUCACUCUGAGGACAACUGCCUGUACUGUGUCGGAGCCAGUGUUCUGGGCUACUGCACUCAGCCCCAGCUCGACACUCACCCUCGCACAGAAUAUGUAGAGUUCCAAUCGUGGGGAGGUCAGACAGGACAUCGCCUGGAGGUGAUGCCUCAGUCCAAGUUUUCUGGGGUCUCCGGCUGCAGUGAUGCUGCUGUGUCUCAGGGUUCCAUCUGUGGCACUCCUACUCCCACCGACAUUGUAAUUGAUGGAAAGGCAAUAUCAGAAGACGGGCCUGCUUCAAGAGUCCUGCUUAGGAAAGAGGUGCUUCGCCUCAUAAUCAACCUCAGCUCCUCAGUGGGAACCAAAGGCCAUGAAACAGGACUACUGACGAUAAAGGAAAAGUUCCCUUAUGCUUUUGAUGACAUCUGCCUGUACUCUGAGGUCUCUCAUCUUUUGGCUCACUGUAUGUUUCGGCUGACCUCCAGACGCUUCAUACAAGAACUCUUCCAGGAUGUGCAAUUCAUGCCUAUGUACGAAGAAGCGGAGGCAAUCCUGACAAAGCAACCAAAACCUGUAGAAGAAGACGUGGACUCAGCUUUUGAAUCCUGA